UUUCCACCCCUACACUCCAAAAACCCAAUCAGACAAGUGCCCGUAAUCUGACUCCCAGUUCACUGGAGCCCAGGGGCAGGCAAUGAGAGCUGCACUCUGGCCAGGGACGGCAUGAGUGACAGAGCUGCAGCGAGGCGGUGGGGUAAGUGUGGACAUUCGUGCAAUAGAGAGAGGAUCAUGGUGGCUUUCAAAGGGGUCUGGACUCAAGCUUUCUGGAAAGCGGUGGCAGCAGAAUUUCUCGCCAUGCUUAUCUUCGUCUUGCUCAGCCUGGGAUCCACCAUCAACUGGGGCGGGUCAGAGAACCCCUUGCCUGUGGACAUGGUCCUCAUCUCCCUUUGCUUUGGACUCAGCAUCGCUACCAUGGUGCAGUGCUUUGGCCACAUCAGUGGUGGCCACAUCAACCCCGCUGUGACAGUGGCCAUGGUAUGCACGAGGAAGAUCAGUAUUGCCAAGUCGGUCUUCUACAUUGCUGCACAGUGCCUGGGGGCCAUCAUUGGAGCCGGAAUCCUCUACCUGGUCACACCUCCCAACGUGGUGGGAGGCUUGGGAGUCACCACGGUUCAUGGAAACCUUACUGCUGGCCACGGGCUCCUGGUGGAGCUGAUAAUCACAUUCCAGUUGGUGUUCACUAUUUUCGCCAGCUGUGAUUCCAAACGGACUGAUGUCACCGGUUCAAUAGCUUUAGCAAUUGGAUUUUCCGUCGCAAUUGGACAUUUGUUUGCAAUCAAUUAUACUGGGGCCAGCAUGAACCCAGCGCGAUCCUUUGGACCUGCCGUUAUCAUGGGAAACUGGGAAAACCACUGGAUAUACUGGGUUGGACCAAUAAUAGGCGCUGUGCUCGCGGGUGCCCUUUACGAGUAUGUCUUCUGCCCUGACGUGGAGCUCAAACGGCGCCUUAAGGAAGCCUUCAGCAAAGCUGCACAGCAGACCAAAGGAAGCUACAUGGAGGUGGAAGACAACAGGAGUCAAGUGGAGACAGAGGACCUAAUUCUGAAACCCGGGCUGGUGCACGUCAUUGACAUUGACCGCGGGGAAGAGAAGAAGGGGAAAGAGCCGUCUGGAGAGGUACUGUCUUCGGUAUGACUAGAAGACGGCACCGAAAGCAGGAGAGACUCCCUAGCGUUGACCUCAGAUGUCCUGCCACCCAUCAAGGAAACAGAUUUGUUAUGAAUUAGCCACUUGAGGUUCCUUGUUUCUUGUCUUAUUACUAAGUUUGAACAACACAUAGUUUACUAUUAUCAAUGGGGGGGAAGAAGAAACCUAUAAUGAAUAUGAAAUGUUAAAAAAAGGAAAUAUUUUUAAAGUAUCCCCCCAAAGUUCCCUUCGUUAAUAACAACAGAAAAUGCUUACAAACAUUCGGCCAAGUCUUGCCUUACAGAGCAUGUGGGCACCUCCAUGAGGAAGCUGGUAUUGCCAAUCCUCACCUGAAUAUUGACUUCACUGGCAUGACUUAACAAUGACAAAAUGCAGUAUGUCACAGUGCCUUACUCAUUGAAACGAAGAAAUGUAGUAAGUUCUUUCAUAAUCCAUCCCUUAUUUAUAACUACCUCAAAGGAAAACAGUAGCCAGGGUCAUUGCUGAUAUGCCAUUAGUAUAUAAAUGACAAAUAUCUGACCAGCAGAUCCCAAUCUAAGUUCAUUAUAAUCCUUCUUCCUCCUCAAACCCCAAGAAACUAUAGGGCUAAAAUCAAGAAAUUUGGAAAGAAUAUUAAUUUGUGUCCAUGUGUUAGCUCCAUCUAACGGAAUAUAUACAUGGGACAUCCAUUGAGGUUCAGGAUAGACAGACCCAUGGAAUCUGAUGGCAAAGGAAGGGGGAGUCUGUAUCCCUGUUACCAAAUGACUGAUCUGUUUUCAGUGCUCAUUCUGAAAUGCGACACACAAGCUAACCACCAGAGCUUUUAACUGCUUCAUUUACUUUUUAAAACUUAUUGGCAAAACUGGGGAAUUUGUCUGUCAUGCUGUUAUCUAUAUUGAAGCAUUAGCGGAGA